UGGCUCUCUCCACAUGACUCCAGCUCACCAGUUUUUCGUUUCAGCUUGGUGAGCUACAUGCAACUCUCCUCUUCUGCUCCCAAUGACUCGCUCCAAUUCACAGUCGCAGUCGCACUCUUGUUAUGCACCCCGAGCUUUAGCCGGUUCUUGCCUCCUGGGUCCGGCAAUGUAGUCUUGAACAAGAGAAGAAGUAGAGUCAGGUUUGUAAGUGGGAGAGCGUUGUUACGAUCACAAGUAAAUGACCCUUUAUUGGACGGCUCGACUUUGGAGUUACCGACACGGAAAGGUCGGUCUUUUCUCCCUUCCCAGCAAUAUUUUAGUGGCAUUUUGGGGACUUCCGUUGAGGCUUUGUAGUUGGGGUAGAUGAACGAACUUAAGAAGACGGAGAUAACAAAGGUGGCUAGGUUGGUCAGAAAAUCUGAGUGGAAAAAUGCAGAGUUAGUUUGAGUUUUGGCGUAGAAUAUCCAACCAACAAGAUUUCAUUCUUCUGAUAAACAGCGAAAACUCGGAAAAAGUGGGGAAAUCUCGUGGGGUUUCAAGCUGGGGGUUGUGAUCAUUCAUUUGAUGAAGGACUGUUGUUGAGAGAAGCAGCUGCAUAAAAUCAGGUGGGUUUUGCAGUGUCUGAUUGUUGUGGAAUUAAUGCAAGCAUCAAAACAAUAGUAAGAACUGGUGAGACAUACAAGCAUUCGCAGGGCCACGCCUCUUCAAUAUCGCCAAGGUCUCAGAAAUUAAGGUGGUGCUGGUAUUGUUGAUGAUCUAUUGAUUUUGGAGUUGUAUUGUAUCAACUCUUUGGGAGAAAAUGGUGGGUAGUGUUGAGAGGGUUGCUCAAAAUGGAUACUCAAAUGGAUCCAUUCACAAUAAUGGGAAUGGUUUGGAGGAAAAACUCGACGAGCUCAGGCGUCUUCUCCUCAAGGCCGAUGGCGAUCCAUUGAGAAUUGUCGGUGUGGGGGCUGGUGCUUGGGGCAGUGUUUUUGCAGCUCUGCUUCAAGAUAGCUACGGCCAAUUUCGUGACAAAGUUCAAAUCAGGAUAUGGCGAAGGCCUGGUCGAGCCGUGGACAGAGCCACGGCUGAACAUCUCUUUGAAGUCAUAAAUUCAAGGGAGGAUGUCUUAAGGAGGUUGAUACGACGCUGCGCGUAUCUGAAGUACGUCGAGGCUAGACUUGGCGAUCGUACUCUGUUAGCUGAUGAGAUUCUGAAAGACGGUUUCUGCUUAAACAUGAUCGAUACGCCUCUCUGUCCCUUGAAGGUGGUCACCAACUUGCAGGAGGCCAUUUGGGACGCCGAUAUCGUGGUGAACGGGUUGCCUUCCACGGAGACGAGUGAGGUGUUUGAAGAGAUCAAUCACUAUUGGAAGGAGAGGAUCUCCAUGCCCAUCAUUAUUUCUUUGGCGAAGGGCAUAGAAGCUGCAUUAGAUCCCGAACCUCAUAUUGUAACUCCCACUCAGAUGAUCAACCGUGCAACUGGAAUCCCCACGGAGAACAUACUUUAUCUUGGUGGACCGAAUAUUGCCUCUGAGAUUUACAACAAGGAGUAUGCAAAUGCUCGAAUUUGUGGAUCCGACAAAUGGAGGAAGCCUCUCGCGAAAUUUUUGAGACAACCCCAUUUCAUAGUGUGGGACAAUAGCGAUCUUGUCACGCACGAGGUCAUGGGCGGCCUCAAGAAUGUCUAUGCCAUUGGAGCUGGAAUGGUUGCUGCUCUUACCAAUGAAAGUGCUACCAGCAAAUCGGUGUACUUUGCACAUUGUACAUCGGAGAUGAUCUUCAUAACCCAUCUGUUGGCAGAAGAACCGGAGAAACUGGCAGGGCCUUUGCUGGCCGACACGUACGUGACAUUGUUGAAAGGUCGUAACGCAUGGUACGGGCAGAUGUUAGCCAAGGGGCAGCUGAACCUGGACAUGGGAGAUAAUAUCAGCGGGAAAGGAAUGAUUCAGGGUGUCUCAGCUGUCGGAGCCUUCUAUGAACUAUUGAGCCAGUCGAGCUUAAGCUUGUUGCAUCCAGAAGAAAAGAAGCCUGUUGCUCCUGUUGAACUCUGCCCGAUCCUGAAGACACUAUAUAAGAUUCUGAUAGUGAGGGAACAACCUGCGCGAGCUAUCCUGCAAGCUCUGAGGGAUGAAACCUUGAACGACCCUCGCGAACGAAUCGAGAUUGCACAGAGCCAUGCUUUCUACCGACCUUCGCUUCUUGGUCAGCCUUGAGCAGCUUGUUCAUCCGAGAGAGCGAUAAUAAGAAACCAUCGUCUUCACAGGACAGGACCAUUAACUAAUACCCAAGACAGAAACAUAAUGGGCUUGUAAUGGAUUUUGAUUUAAUACAUCUACAUUUUGAUCAACUGGUAGCUCUUGCGCUUUAGCUA